AUGAAGGGUAGUACGUCCGAUUUUUUAACAGACGUACAAACAGUGAAUAUAGUCAUAAAACAGGUUUGUUUUUUUCUUUUUUUUUGUGUUUUUUCGUAUAAAAUAUCUGAAUUUUUAGAUCGGGCCUAAUAAAUCGCUACCUGCGUACAAACGAAUUGUAGAAAGAUGUUUUAGACAAAAUGUUAUUCAAGUUUCCGAAAAUCCUCGAAGGCUUUUUCAUUGCAAAUUUGUGCCGUCGGUUUCAUUCACAGAAUUUAGUGAAUUACAGGUAUUAUUUUUUGUCUGGUUUGCAAAAAAAACAUAUCUGAAAACAACUCAUCAAAUUUUCAGCAACAUCGUCGAGUUUUUGGAGUAAUUGGUGUUGCUUUCAAAAGUGCCGAUGAAAAGACUGAAAAUCAAGAAGAAGAAGAAAUCGUGAAUGCAUAUAACAAAUUAAAAAACGAUCAUUCAAAUCAUAUUUUUAGUAGUAGAUGUAUAAUUAUUGGUGCUAAACAAGACGAGUUCAACAACAUUGAGAGACAUGAGAAAUUGUGUUUUCCAAGUUUGGAAGAUUCGCUCGAAUUGGAAAGUGCAAUUCGAGAAUUGAUGCGUGCUAUUUAUAUUAUUAUAGAGAUGAAAAAGAGUAGAUAUUUCAUUUGAGAAGAAGGUCAGUUUUUUGAAAACCACAUGUGAUCAUUUCUAUCGAGAAAUCACUUUUCAGGCAGAAAUUCCUUGUCCAACACUUCCUGAUGAGACUCGUUGGCAAGCUUUUGAAUUGAAAACGACGAAAAAUUAUCGGAAAAAAUGCCUGGGUAGAUGUCGAAAACAACAUGCUGAUUUUUGUUUGUUAACUGGACUUCCACAACUUGCAUUAGAGGCUUAUGAAGCAUCAAUCGAUAAUUUGAAAGCUGCAUCAGAUUAUUUAUGGUUGGCUGCAGCUUAUGAUGGUUGGGCAAGCACAUUUUGUAUACUUAACGCUGAACAAUCUGGCCAAAUCAAUAGUGGGGCUUUUCAUCGAGUUGCCAGUAUGCAGACAAUGUUUACAAUUCCAUCAAUUGAAAUCAAUACCUCGAAUAAUAACACACCAUCUGAUAGUUUAUUUGUAUCAAAUGACAGUGCAUUGAGGUAACCUGAUUAUUUGAGAACGAGGAAAAUAAUCACUUUUUUUGAAUUUUAGCUCACCAAAUGGUCAUAAACGACAUCAUUCAGAUGAACAUGUUGGUCGAACAAGUUCACCAAUGAGUAUUCAGAAUGGUGGAAUUGGUGGGAACGAGACACCAAGAAAUGAAUCAUUUGGAAAUGAGAGUGGAAUUGUAAGCAAUGGUUCAAAUCCAUCUUUGAAAGAAGAACCAAAAUCGCAGCAGAAAAAGAACCCGAUUAGUAAUUUCUUGGAUAAGUGAGUUUUGGUGUUUUCAAUUCAGACAACUUCAGGAAUCAGACCAAUUCUAAUUUUUCUCAAAAACAAGUGCUGGAAGACCUAAUCCAAACUUACACAUACUUUAAGUUGAACUAAAAUAAACCUUUUUUUGCAGAAAUCGUGACAAACCACCAAAAGAACGUGUCCUUGAAUAUUACAAAAAUGCCAUUGAAGAAUAUACAAAAUUCUCGUUUGCUGGAUGGUUGGAAUAUGAAUCAGUAAUGCGUGCAAUUGUUUAUCUGACAUUUGAAAGAGAAUAUAUAAAACUCGAACAAUUUCAUCGCGAUCACACUGGUAAAUAUCUCGAUGACAAUAAUGAUUAUAUGAAUCAUCAUAUGAAAGCACAAAUCUGUCUAAAUUCCGCAGCAAUGUAUAAAGAGGUAACCCCGAUUUUUCAUUUUUUUUUUGCAUUUUCCAUGUUUUUUUUUGAAAAAACUUUAGAAUCAUUUGAAUAAUUCAUUAUUUAGAUUGGCUUUAUACGUAAACAAGCAUUUUACGCCCGAUUGAGCGUGUUGUUUGAAUUACACGUUACCGAAGGAAAACAAAGAAGUGCCAGCGAUUACAAAACUGUUUAUCCAAUUUUGUACAAGUAUGUUUAAAGAAAAUACAGAUGAACAAUAAUAACAAUUGAUAAUUUUCAGAACUUUGGAAGGGUAUGGUAUAAAUUUGAACGAGUCUACUGAAUUUAGCAAUCAAACAAUUGGUCCGGAAAAACUGCAGAUCAAAAGUUUACAUGAGAUUUUCACAGCCGCAAAUCGUGCCGGACACACUGAUGCAGCAAUUCGACAUCUUUGUUCACUUCUACAAGUUUAUUAUCCGAGUUUAGAACUUUCGAUGGCUACAAGAUUAUUUGAGGAUUUGGAUAAUCUUGUGAAAACAUCUAAAAAUGUUCAUCAACUGAAUCAAACACUUUCUGUUGAGGAUGGUAAAAUUAUUAUUCCAUCUCUCCAAAUGACUAGAUUCCCCAUGAUAACGUGAGUAAAGAUUGAUAGAAGUGUUCUUUGUUCGGAUUGAAAAUACAUUUUUUUUUCAGAAAUCCAACCGUCUUACCUCUGCAAUCUCAUCUUGCCCCAACAAUAGUUCAAAAUCAAUCGCAAACCUCAGUUUUCAUAUAUAGUCCGUUUGCCAAGAAGAAACCAGAUAAUUCGCUUUUAUGGGUCACGGAUUGUCCAGGCGAGGUUGAGAUUAGUGUGAAAAAUUGUCGAGGAAUUGAACUUAUCGUCAAGUGAGUAAUUUUUAUUUGAAAUUUUUAUAAAACAUUUCUUAUAGGGAACUUUGUUUAAUAAGUGAUGGAAUAAACUUUGAAUCAGUACAAGCUCGAUUGAUCUUACCCCCUGAAGAUCAAAAUUCAAAAUCUGACGGUGCCACGAUUCGAUUGAUUGGAGUACCCAGAGAAGCUGGAGAUUUGUAUAUUGUUGGAUAUUCUUGCAAUGUUUUUGGAUUGCAUAAUGAGUGUAGAUUUUCGUGUUCUAGUCAAAAACACACUCGAUUACAUGUCAAAGUUCUCCCAAAGUUAGCCAAACUUCAUUUGGAAUGUUCACUUCCACGCGCACCAAUUGAUGAAUUCUCUGAUGAACCAUCAGCUGAAGCUGUUGUAUAUUCUGGACAAACAUUUGAACACACAAUUACUGUUGUCAAUGAUAGUGAUAUUGACGUGAAAUAUUGUGGAGUCAAAGUUUGGCAACCAACUGUACAAGGAGGACCUGCAUUGAUAAAAUUGAUUGAUGUUGAUGAACAUCUCGAAGGUGUUGAUAAAGGUGAAGAUUUGUCGAGUUUUAAGUUAGCUGCAAAUAGUUCAAGAGAAUUGAAAUUCUCAAUUUUUGGAAUUGAUCCAACUUCAACUGCUGAUGAUUUAUCGGACGAAGAGAAGGUAUUGGAAAGUGUUGUGCCAAUCGCUACAACUCAUGUUAAUCCAAAUCCUGAAGUAGAAGCUCCCGAUAUGGAUUCGAUCCCUUAUACUGGAAGACUUCUAACAUGUGAUUUCACAGUGAGAUAUCAUUCAGAUGUUGAAUCAAAAGAAGAUGAGUUCUACGAGAGAAAGAGUCGCCUACCAAUUGCAAUUUCCAUAAUUCCCGCAGUCACUGUUUCAGCUUGGCAUGUUCUACCAGGAGAUAGCCCAUUUUCAAGGUAUAUUAGAUAAGUAAUCAAAUGUAGAUUUGUGAAGAAAUUGUUUUUCCAGAUAUAUUGUUGUUGAUGUUACCAACAGUACUGAACAUGAUGCUGAACUUGUUUAUAGUGCAAAUCGUCGGAUGAAUGUUCUGCCAAAAGAAACCUGUCGAGUUCCAAUAUUAUCCCCUUGCUGUUCAGAUGUUGCAGGCGGUGCUUUCCAUCAAGCAAAACAACGUGGAAGUCAUAUGAUGCAAAAAAUUGAGACUGAAAGAUUGCGCCAAAUUCUGGAAGCUCACGUUUCGAAGCAUUUGGAUAUUCGCUGGGCAAUUCCUUCACAAAAAUUGGAAGGUCAAGUUCCAGUUGGAUCGUUGUUAUCUUCAGUGGCAUUAUUGAAACAAUUAGUCCUUCCAGCAAUCAGUUUGGGUAAGUUAUAGGGUUUUGUUAUAAGAAGGGAGCGGGAGAUUGAAAAUGUUUUUGUAGAACCCAAAAUAGAGCAUUUUUGAUUUGGCUCCAUAUAAAACAAAUUAACACAUUGUUAAAAAUUGAAAAAAGAUCUGAUCUUUUGUAUAGUACCUGUCUGAAAAUGUAUUACAAAUCUUUAUGUUUGAUUUUUUCAGAUUUCGUUAUCAAUGGUAAGCAAUACGUUAGUGAAGAUGAUGUAACAAUCGGGAUUGGUCAAAAUGUUGAAGUUGAUAUCACUGUUAUCUCCUCGUUACCUGAAACAUUUAACGGAAUAUUAUCGAUUGAUUGCGAACAAGAAAUAUCCCAUCAACUUGGGUCAAAUCCAUCAUCUCAUUUGAUGCUUUUAGCUGGGCCCAAGAAAAUACCAUUUUCCGUUGAGGUUGGUCCCUAUUUUUUCAUGAAACACCAACAAUCAUUUAAUGUGUUUUUCUUUAGAAAACGAAACAACAUAAAUUGCAAUUCAAUUUAUCGUUCAUUGUCGAAGGUAGUUUCCGUGUUCGCCCACAAAUCACACCAUCACCCGGUCAAUCUGCUUUACUUCCGGAAGACAUGUUUGCCACACCAGUCGCUUUUAGUGUAUCAACAAAAUUCUAG